AUGGCGCGCUUCUUCCUCUUGCAACCUCUACUCUUCCUCACUUGGAUCGCUUGUAUAUUCGCUAGCCCUCACGAUCUUGUAGUCCGGCAGGGCAGCUGUAUGUCAACAUCAUCCGCACGUACGUCUACUUUAGUCCGUAAUGGUGCUAUUGAAGUUAAUCUGCGGCCAUCUACAACUGGCAGUGAACGACGACCAACUUUCUUUUUUCCCAACGGUGAAUUUGAUCCAUUCCGAGUAACUGCUUAUCGGAGCCAUGGUGGAGGAGGGUGGGACAUUCACGUGGGGAUUCGAAACGGCCAUUCUUUGGUUAUUGGUCUUAUGCGUUUUAGAUGGGCGUUGAAUUCACUGACCGGAUCUGCGACUAUAACCACUGGUCCCCUCAAUGAAUGUGAAAUGUACACUCUAGCGCCAGUGUGGAGCCUUCCGGAUACAAAGGAUCAAUAUAACCUCUACUGGAAUCAGGGUGGACGACAAACAAUUGAAGGUACAAAUGUGCCAUUAUUGUCGCUAGUCAUGACAUGGGAACUUUGGAACGAACCAGGUCAGUGA